GUCAAGCCCGACGGCAGGCUCCUCACGAGCCGCGAGAACAGAGACUUCCUCACAAGGUACAACCUCGAGCCAGACAACGGCGCCGCCCGCAGGCUCACCACAGGGCCGGCCCUGCAGAACGCCUCCAAGGCGUACAACGCCACCAUCGCCUUCAGCCCGCGGCACCUCAUCCACCCGCACGACCUGCGCUUCUUCGACCCCCGCGGCCACCCGCUCGCCGCCGCCCGGCGCGCAAAGUACCUCCGGAAGACGCUCGAGGAGCCCCUCUGGAUCAUGAUGACGGGCGCCGGCGCCUCGUCCGUCGUCCGCACCCUCACGCAGAGGCGCCUCAAGUGCGCAAUCUACCGCAGCCUGGAGGACCUCGGCUUUCGCAACGGCGUGGGGAACGGCAAGGAGAUCCGGGGGACCCUCUGGAUUACCAUCCACGAUCCUGUCAAGGCGUCGAAGCUGUCGCCCUGGCCGUUCGGCGAGGCUGUUGCCAACGCUCUGAAGAGCAGGUGUGCCCAGCCCCUGAGAUGA